AUGGGUUGCUUCAUAUAUGCUGUUGACUUGUCAUUCUUACAAGACAGAAUUUCUGCUAUUACAAAAAGAGACGAUGGAUUUGAAUUUGGAAUCUAUUCAAAUAACGUUAGAGUUGAUACUGACAAUCGUUUCGCUUCUGAGCAACCUUGGAGCGAAAGAAAAGGUGGUGUAAUCCAAGCCUUACAAUCAAGGAACGAGAAUGGCCCAACUUUGGUUGGUUUGCAAGAAUUGAAACAUAACCAAUUGCUUGAUAUUUUACAAGGUUUAAAUGGUAAUGGUAACAAUAUUCCAUGGACUCAUUUUGGAGUCGGGAGAGAUGAUGGAGCAGAGAAAGGGGAAUAUUCUGCCGUUUUAUACAACACUGAAGAAUGGAGCUUAUUAAACGGUACAUCUAGAUGGUUAAGUGAAACCCCUGAUACGCCAAGUAUUGCAUGGGGUGCUGCAACCAUUAGAAUUGUUACUAUGACCACCAUGCAACACAAACAAUCAGGUAAGGUCGUUAAUUAUUUUAAUACCCAUUUUGAUCACAAAUCUGAAGAAGCAAGACAAAAAUCUGCUGACUUAAUUGCUGGCUGGAUUCAACAAAUGCCAAAUAACUAUCCUACAUUCUUGAGUGGUGAUUUCAACUCUAUCUCCUCCGAUGUUGCCUAUCAAACUCUUCAAAAGAGCUUGAAAGACUCAAACACCGCUGCUUAUCAGCAUAUCAAUGGCAACCUUUCUACUUAUACUGGAUUUGAGAAAAACGACAACCAAUCCAUCAUUGAUUUUAUUUGGUCCCCAUUAAACACUAAUCAAGAAAACUCCAAUACUUAUGCCCUUGAGUAUGAAGUUCUUGAUAACAUGUACAAUGGAUCUAGAUUUAGUGAUCACAGACCGGUCAAUGUUCACUUCAAAGUGUAUGAAUAA